GCUAGCUAACAAUGCAGCACAAUAACCAAGGCAGCCAGCUCUCAAAGAGCUGCUAUGAAGUGAGAGCAAAGAAGGCAGCGGGCGAGAGGUGGGGUGACAUGCUGUGGACCCUGUGCUCGCCAAACUCCCGGGUAUGAGAUCACAAGUGAGAGAAUGACUUCGGAGGUGGAGGACGAAAUCCGGCUUAUUAGUGGAGGGGUGUCUGAGCCGCUAGUCAUCCAGGAGCUUCUGGAAAGAUUACGAGAGGUUGAGGCUGAAAACUCCACUCUUGCCCAAGCCAAUGAAACUCAGCGGGAAACAUACGAGCGCUGCCUUGAUGAGGUUGCAAACCAUGUUGUGCAGGCACUUUUAAAUCAAAAGGAUCUCCGGGAAGAAUGUAUUAAAUUGAAAAAGAGGGUGUUUGACCUUGAGCGUCAGAACAGAGCAUUAAGUGAACUCUUUCACCAGAAGCUGCAGCGCUCCUCAGGAUCAUCGCCGGAGUUGCAUCCACUGCAGGCUGUAUCUGACUCUCAGGGAGGUGAUCUAGAGAGGGUGCCUGUCUCUCUUCCACUGGGACAAUGUGUACUGCAGAGAGAGGAGAAGCAGCGCUCUGGGAGAGCCCAGUCAUCUUGUCGCUCCCUAGAUACCAUGUCUCCAUUCCUCAGGAAAAAGGCACAGAUCUUGGAAGUUCUACGAAGAUUGGAGGCAACAGGAUCUCAGUCCGGACCAAGCUGCACUGCUUCAACUUAUCUUGGGGCCUUGCCAUCGACUAGUGGAAAUGGGCUGCGCAUCAGAACAGAACAUGGCUUGGAUUAUCUUAAUGGUGAGGGUAUGACCCCUCAAGAACUUGGUGCAGAUGAACCUUGGGCUUCCUGUUUGCUUUUGGCCCAAAGUGGAUGGGAGGAAUUGCUCAAAUGGAAGUCCAUACAACGGGAACCACCAGCAGGUAGCCCUGGAGAGGGUGGAGGAGAACACCUUGGUUUGGCAGCAGAGGAAACACAGCAGUCCACACAUCAAGCAGAAGGAAGUUCUUCCUCUUCAGAUGAUGAUAUUGGAGAACCACCUCCUCCGAUAAGUGAAAUCAGACCGCGUUUACCCUUAACUGACUUGGCAAAGGGCUUAGCACCUUGUUUGUGCUCCCGUGGAGCAGGAGAUAAAAGGGGCCCGGUUGAGGGCCAUUCUGAUGGAACUGGUUUCAGUAGGGGACACAUUACGCAUCUUCACUCACUGACGUGCUAUAGCAAAAGCAUUCAUGAUGUGGUAGAAGGUCAGCAUAUGCCAGCAACAUCACCAGCAGUUACAGACAGAGGGGAUUCCCCAGCUAAACCAUUGGGUUCAGAACAUAAAUAUGAAGGACGUGCUUCACCUUGUCCUCCUCCUGGGAGCACUUUAAGUUUACCAAGAGACACAAGUGAAUUAACGCACAAGAGUGCAACUCAGGAGUCACAAGAUGAUUGUUCUCAGCCCUCAUCUAUGGCUCCUAAUCCUUCCUCCUCUGACCCACAAGAUGCACUUAUUCCCUCCACUGAAUCCCGAACACCUCACAUCCCAUCUCCAGCUAAAUUUCUCAAGUUUUUGAAGCUUCCAGGCUCAGCGGAGAAGUCUCAGAGUCCAAAUUCUCUGAGGCUCAGCCCUCAGCUCACCCAAACCUCCAAAAUUCCUUGUCGGAGCAAUAAUUAUGAGGCGUUUCCCUCUCCACGCCCAAGUAGGAAGGCAGCGGAAGAAAUACCUCGUCCAGAAGUAGAUGUUGAUCCACCAUCUCCCUCUGAAUUAAUAAAUUCAGAUUCCAGUAGGCAAGGGCAAACUGAAAGUUCUAACAGCUUACUAAGUAGACCUGCAGUACAGUGUUGUACCAAAAAGUCUCAUGAUUAUGAGAACGUUCCAGCUAAAAAUUCAGAACUUUCCACUGCAAACCAAACUGUCGAAGAUUUGGAGGGUUCUUCAAAAUUGGUUAGUUCAGUGUGUUCUUUUGGCUGUUCUCCUGGACUUUGUGCUCAUUCCCAAGUAAAUUGUACAGAAGAUAAUCAUAGUCAGGUGUCAUUCAAUAGAAAACAUGUAACUUCCAGAAAAACUGUAGAGUCUGUUGGUCAUCUCCCAUUUAAAGAAAGAAUGGGAAAGCUGAGGAGUUCAGACAGCCAACAGUCUGAGCUCACUGUUUCAGGAACAGAGAACGUUAGGGUAAUAACUGAUGGACCUGAACUACGACCAUCAAUGAAACGAUCCUUAGCUGUUAGUAGUUUAAGGACUCCUGAACCUGGAUCCACUGAGAGUUAUCCACCACGGUACCAUGGCCAAAAGUCUGAUGCUGCUCGCACUCGCCAACCUACCACAAACUAUCCACCAGGCUCCCCUCAUGGACCUCGUAAUCAGCCUCGAGCACCACCUGUCCCUAGCAAAUCUCCUCGCAGCCCUCAUGGCAGUCCAACAAAGUUACCUGCCAAAUCCCCCAGUAAAGCAACAGCCAAACCUCUUGUAUCCCGACCUCUAAGUGAAGAGCUGAGGCCAAGUUCUCGGCAACCUACAUCCUCUAGUGAAGAUAAGCAAAGAAUGCAAUCUGCUGGUAUAGGAAAGAAAGCUGGGACAUGUCCAGAGUAUGCCUGUCCUCGUAGCACAGGCCCACAGGGUACAGAAAGUCUUCCACUAAGUGCUCUGCAUUCUGCUAUAGAAGAAAAAGUCAUGAAGGGCAUUAAAGAAAACAUGUUGAGGUUGCAGGAACAACAUCGUUCACCUUCAUCUGAUCCUAAGCAACGUAAUUCCAGUGGUAUUGCCAGCUGGUUUGGCCUAAAAAAAAGUAAGCUGCCUGCACUUAGCCGUAGACCGGAGGCUGGACGAGUGAAGGAGGAAAAACGGGACAGGGCUGCUGGAGGCUCUCCUCGGACUAGAGAUGUAAAGGGUGAGAGCCUAAAUAUCUCCAUGUUAAUGGAAAAAGCAGAGGAUCUGAGAAAAGCUCUCCAGGAGGAGAGGGCCUAUAUUAAUGGACUUUCUCUGGAUAAAAAUCGUACACUUGUGCCUGUGGACCAGGCGCAAAAUCAGAGGUCUUUGACUGCGGACAACUUUAUGCAACAGCUUUUAAAUCGGGUGGAUGGUAAAGACCCCCCUCUAGAAGGCCGCCUGGAAGGGAAGACACCUCUGCGGGAUUUUCCAAGAUUAUCACCUGAAAACAAGGAAGUCCGACCAUUUCGGCCUCCAAGGAAUGGGAUGGUCACACAUGUCCAACGCUGUGAGCAGAAGAACAUAGAUCAGAACAGAGAAGUGGCUCUUCCUCCUGAUGAGAGGAUUUCUGAAUCUAUCAAUUCACAGCAUUUUGCAGCUUGUGACUCACUCACUCGGACCCUGGACAGUGGCAUUGGGACAUUUCCUCCACCUGAUUACUGUGGAGGAACACCAAACAAAAGUGCCCCAAAGUUAAAGUCUAGGCUGGAGUCCCCCUCUGUCCUUCCAGUGGGAAGGUUUUCUGCUUUCCCUAAGGUUCCUAGAAGAGCACGGACAUUGGAGAGGGACAUGAGGGGUGUAGAGGAAAUGUACCCACCAGGACAGCAUCAGAGUAUCCCAGCAUUCCAUGCACUUUUGGCAGAACCGGAGCCUGCUGUGGGACACAGGAUGUUUGGAGAAGAUGCGAGUAGGGAUCACAGUUUGCCACAGCAGAGCAAGAACUGGACCUUUCCCAAUGCCAAGAUCAGUGCUGGCUCAGCAGAAAGCUUCCGGUCUAGAGUGCAUGAUCUGGAGGAGAUCCCAUCAGAAGGAGACAGAGACUGUGACAUGUCUGGGUAUGCACACCCAUCUAUCUGUUUCCCAGGCGCUGUGAGCAGCCGCACCCCCAGCACGUCAGAAGUUGGAGACGAGGGUACAAGUGAAGCCAAAUCUCGAGACAACGAGCAGGGUCAGACGGGGCUGGAGAACUCUGAAUCCCUGAGUGAUUCACUCUACGACAGCCUGUCGUCUUGCGGGAGCCAAGGCUAAUAGAGCAUUCCUAUACCACCUUAAUAGUACAAGCUGCCGGAUACCUAGAUUAACACUGCAGAUGUAGACUGACCAUGCCGGCUGCCUGUGGGUGCUAUUCUAUGUGGAGUCUUUGUCCUUUUCAUGACCAUGUUGCUCCUCUAGAAAGACCUUGUCCAUCCCACAUGAGCCUCAAUAACCCCAAGUAUUAGCAACACUCUAGAGUCUUGUUGCCUCAGACCUUACAGGUGAAAGUCCUGAUGUCCCGCGGAACUGUUGCCUCUGCCUCGUUCUCUCCCAGUCUGCGGUGGGUCCUGUGGUUUACUCCCCUAUUUCAUAGGUUGCCAUCGUUCUUGUAUUAUUUUAUUUUUGUUGUCAUCUAUGGGCUACCCCUUUUACUAUGCAUCUAUACCACCAGCUUAAUUGAUGUCCUUUACAGCAGGAAGACUGGUGAAGGGGGAUUUCACGGGUUACUAGAAUACCUCACAUCUCCGUCUCGCUAAUCAGUACCCCAGCUGUGUGUUAAUGCACUGAUCCAGAAGCUGAAGACCACCUCUUAAUUAUUUUAUCAGGGAGCACGUCUGGGAAAGAAGAAGUUCCUUUUUUCAGCUGCCUAUCUGGAGUUCUUGUGAUCAUUAUUAGGGGGUAUUGACAAGUUUGGCCAGAUGUGACACUUGCUUCCGUGACCCCUAGAUUUUUAUUUUAUUUUUUUGUUCCUUUUUUUUAAAUUUUGAUUUAUACUUGUGCCGUUUUAUAUAAAUAUAUAUUUUUAUUUGUGUAAAUGUUUAGUUUUUACUUUCCUUUUUUUAUGCAUUGUGUUGUUUUUAUUUCAAUGCUGUUGCUCUCAAGAUGGUGCUAACCAGGAAAAAUAUUAUUUGUCGGGUUUCUCCCUCCUUUUUCCUUCUUUCUUUUUUUUUUUUUAUAUCAUUCUCUGUUUUAUUUAUAUAAGUUAUUGUGACUGUUUUUCUGCCUCACUUUCCUUUUAAGCUAAAAUAAAAAGUCUAACUAUAUUUGCUUGAGA